GUGUAAUGAAGGAGAGAGUUCUCAGGUACAUAAUCUUUUCGAUUUUGCCAGCAUUUUUGAAGGUUUAAAAGCAACUAUUGAGAGUUAUUACAGUACUAUAUUGCAAUGUUAUUUUCUUACAAGCAGUAUGUGGAGAGGGAUUACUCCAUGAGGCGAAUGAAUUGUUGGUGGACUUUUAAUGGUUGUUUGUCGACUGAUGUUACCUAUGACACACUUAUUGUGUCUGUUUUUACAAUAAGAAGUAUGCUGAAGCCGGUGGUCUAUGAGAUGUGUGCUGGUGGCUUCUCAGCUGAUGCAUCUACCGCCUCCCUGUUACUGGACCUACUUGAAUCACAAGAACAGGAUCCUGCUCUUCUUGCUUUGCAUAAGAAGUAUCUGCCAUAGGUCAAGCAAAGUGAGGGAUUGCUAAGGUAAAAAUCUGAGUCUGACAAGUAGAGAUAUGAUGAUGAAAUUUGUGAUAUUUAAUUCUCGAUUCCUACCACAUUCUGCAGCUUCAGCUCUUACUUGUUGUCUUACAUCCUAUUCUGUUAUUACAGUUUCUCACUUCUCCACUAACCCUAACCCUAAUAUUCCCUUUAAACCCAAACCCCAUUUCCCUUGUUCCUCUAAUCCACCUCAUGCUCGACUUCAACAUUUACUCCUUGAGAAAUCUAAGGUUGGUUUUGAUAAACUCGAUGAUGCUCUUCAACUGUUUGAUAAAAUGCUCCUUAUGAAGCCUCUGCCCACUGUUAUCAACUUCACUCAACUCUUAACAGCUCUUGUUAAGAUGAAACACUACUCCGUAGCUGUCUCCCUUUUUAGAAAGAUGCGGGUAGAAAGCAUCCCUGUUGAUAUAUUUACCAUUACUACUAUUAUCAACUGUUUUUGUCACUUGGAUCGUGUUGAUUUUGCCUUUUCAUUACUGGCUGGAAUCAUCAAGCACGGUUUUGUGCCAAGUGUGGUGACUUAUACCACUCUCAUCAGGGGCCUUAUUUCCCUAGAUAUGCUUCAAGAGGCUCAGCUUUUGUUCCAGAACCUCAUCAGAUUUCAACUUAUUCAACCCGAUGUUGUUACCUAUACAAUUAUCAUUGACGGCAUCUGCAAGAGAGGGAAUCCUUCUGUGGCUGUUAAGUUGUUUAAAAUUAUGGAGAAGAAAGGUUGCAGGCCUAAUACUGUAACUUACACCACAAUUAUUGACUGUUUGUGUAAACAUAGAUUAAUCGAUCAAGCAUUGGGUCUUCUCCACCAAAUGACAAGGAAAGGCAUAUCACCAAAUGUUAUGACCUACAGCUCUUUAAUUCAAGGGUUGUGUGACUUUAAUCGAUGGCAUGAUGUCAAACAAUUGCUCAAGGAGAUGGAUCUUAGGAACAUUUCUCAAAAUGUUUUUACUUACAGUAUAUUGAUUGAUGCGUAUUGCAAAGAAGGAAUGAUUGAAGAUGCAGAGGAUGUGAUAGAGUUGAUGAUUCAAAGAGGCCAUUAUCCUAAUGUAGUCACUUACAAUUCACUAAUGGAUGGAUACUGCUUGCAGGGAGAGGUUGAUAAAGCUUUAGUAGUGUUCGAAAGCAUGACUAGAAAGGGAAUAUUGCCUAAUACUCUUAGCUAUAAUAUCCUCAUCAACGGUUAUUGUAAAAAGUUUAAAGUGGACAGAGCCAUAGAUCUUUUUCAACAAAUGCCCUCUGAAGGUUUAACCCCAUCUAUUCAGACUUACAGUACUAUACUGCAAGGUUUUUUUCAUGCAGGUAGACAUGUUGAAGCACGUAAAUUUUUUAAGGAAAAGAUGAUUAACCAAGGCGUUGAGUUAGAUAAAGUGACAUGCCGUAUCUUGUUGCAUGGUCUUUGCCAGAAUAGUUAUGUUGUUGAAGCACUAUCCUUUUUUCAAAUACUGGAAUGCCGUGGGCUAGUUCCUGAUAUACAUGUUUACACUAUUCUGAUGGAUGGACUAAGCAAAAAUGGACAUCUAGAGAAUGCAAGAAGCCUUUUUGACAACCUUCCUUUGAAAGGUUUGCGGCCUGAUGUCAAAACAUACACAAUGAUGAUCCAAGCAUAUUGUCAUGAAGGGUUAUUGGAUGAAGCAAAUGAACUAUUCAGGGAAAUGGAAGGAAAUGAUUGCUUGCCUGAUGAUGUCACAUACAACAUGCUUAUCCGCGGUUGUUUACAGAAUAAGAAUUACUGUGAAGCAGGUGUACUCUUAGAUGAAAUGCUUGGUCACGGCUUUGCAGCAGAUGCAUCUACUGCAUCUGUUUUAGUGGAUUUACUUGAUGUGCAAGAACAGGAUCAUGCUCUGCUUGCUUUGUGCAAGAAGUACUUGCCGUAGGUGUAACGAAGGAGAGAGUUCUGAGGUACAUAAUCUUCUCGAGUUUGCCAGCAUUUUUGGAGGUAUAAAAGCAACUAGUGAGAGUUACAGUACUAUAUUGCAAUGUUAUUUUCUUACAGGCAAACGUGUGGAAGCAACUAGUGUUUUAAGAGCUGCUACGAUGAAUAAGUUGCUGACCUGGAGCCAUUCUGAGAAUAGGUUAUCUUUGUACAAUUUUCAUCAGCCAAUGCAUGCAAGGUUAUUUAAGGUGGAUCAUAUCGUGAGAAGGAUCAAAGAGAAACUGCUGUCAGCCUGGCUUUAAUUCAAAUUUGAUUGCACUGAUCAACUUCAGAAGGAAGCUCAACCAUUCUUAUCAUGGUAUUCAUUUCUCGAAUCUGAAUAGUCAAAUAAUUCAGGCAAAAGAUAUUAAGAUCUUCAUAUAGAAUUAUCAAAGUAUAUUAACUUGCAUGGAUCUCCCUCAUUAAUUCCAUAUCUUCACUGGCCAAUGCAUGCUGAGUUUCACGUGCAAGUCAACUGUAUCAGCAACAGCAAUGAUGAACUCAAGUGGUUCUCCUCAAGCUUCAGUCGAGCAUUUACUUACAAACGACUCUUUCAGGCAUGUAAUGGUGGGGGCUAUCCCCUUCCUAACGCGAUUGGCGAACCAACUCUGGGCGAUUUAUGCCCCGCUGAGUCGUGCCAUAAUCAAAGGAUAUGCUUCUGUUAUCCUGGAAACUGAUAACUGGGAGGCGUUUCGUACUGUGAGGGACUUCCUAAUGGGUGCUCCAGCUGCAGUUUAUGAUCUAGUCUCACAAAUCGAUAUUUUGCUCAAAGACAGGAGCUGGACUUGUGUGAUAGCGUAUGUCUUGGGGUCGAUCAUCCAGAUUUCAAGGAUGUGGUGCUUCUUGACUAGGCCCAAGAUCCUGUGAAUUUUUAUGCUACCCUUGGCUAGUUGAUCAAAUUCAUAGAUUGGGUUUAGGUCAAGUUAACGCCCCUGUUAACAUGGCUCAUGCUCCUGAAAAACAUGCAGGAUAAUGGUUUAGCCAUGCAGAAUGGUCAGUUUUAGAUGGAUAAUUGUGUGGAAGAGGUGGGUGCUCAGGAGGAAACUCACCAAGCUGGAAUGCUUGCUGCUGAUCUCCUCUUUGUUGGAUAUCGACUAAUAUGCUCCUGCUUUGAUGCUGAUUUUAGGUCCCAAACUUUGACUUAUUAGUUCCUAAUGCUUGUACUUAUUUCCAAUCAUCAUCUUCUUGUUGGAAGAUUGUUUAUAUAUAAAAUUGUGCUUACAAACAAAAUAAAAAACUCAAGUAAAGUCGGCUAAAUGAUGACCUGCUCACCACACUAUUGAUAAUUGUUUGC